AUGUUCUUUCCUUACUCAAUUUUACAUUAUUUUUUGAGUUUUUCUCUUUCUUUCUUUCAUUCUUUCUUUCUUUCUUUCUUUCUUUCUUUCUUUCUUUCUUUCUUUCAUAACUCCGUCGCUACUUUGCUAGUAUUUUUGACAGUUCUUUGUUUGUUUGUUUGUUUGUUUGUUUCUUUCUUUCUUUCUUGCUUUCUAAACUCCAUCGCUACUUUGCUAGUAUUUUUUGAGUUUUUCUCUUUCUUUCUUUCUUUCUUUCUUUCUUUCUUUCUUUCUUUCUUUCUUAACUCCGUCGCUACUUUGCUAGUAUUUUUGACAGUUCUUUUUUUUCUCUUUUCUUUCUUUCUUUCUUUCUUUCUUUCUUUCUUUCUUUCUUUCUUUCUUUCUUUCUUUCAUAACUCCGUCGCUACUUUGCUAUAUUUUUUGAGUUUUUCUCUUUCUUUCUUUCUUUCUUUCUUUCUUUUUCUUUCUUUUCUUUCUUUCUUACUCCGUCGCUACUUUGCUAUUUUGUUUGUUCUUUUCUUUCUUUCUUUCUUUCUUUCUUUCUUUCUUUUCUUUCUUUUUUUCUUUCUUUCUUUCUUAACUCGUCGCUUUCUUUGCUAUAUUUUUUUGAGUUUUUCUCUUUCUUUCUUUCUUUCUUUCUUUCUUUCUUUCUUUCUUUCUUUCUUUCUUUCUUUUCAUAACUCCGUCGCUUCUUUGCUAUAUUUUUUUGAGUUUUUCUUUCUUUUCUUUCUUUCUUUCUUUCUUUCUUUCUUUCUUUCUUUCUUUUUCUUUCUUAACUCCGUCGCUUUCUUUUUGCUAGUUUUCUUUUUGACAGUUCUUUUUUUUCUUUUUCUUUCUUUCUUUUUCUUUCUUUCUUUCUUUCUUUCUUUCUUUCUUUCUUUCUUUCUUAACUCCGUCGCUACUUUGCUAUUUUUCUCUUUCUUUCUUUCUUUCUUUCUUUCUUUCUUUCUUUCUUUCUUUCUUUCUUUCUUUCUUAACUCCGUCGCUACUUUGCUAGUAUUUUUGACAGUUCUUUGUUUGUUUGUUUGUUUGUUUCUUUCUUUCUUUCUUUCUUGCUUUCUAAACUCCAUCGCUACUUUGCUAGUAUUUUUUGAGUUUUUCUCUUUCUUUCUUUCUUUCUUUCUUUCUUUCUUUCUUUCUUUCUUUCUUUCUUAA